AUGUACAGUACAAAUGCAAAUUUCAAGACGACACACGACGGCCAGAUUCUCAUUUCUUUUUCCUCUUUUUGUCGUGUUGUGGGAGCAGGUGCCACGACGUCUUCUGUGGAAACUUGGAAAAUGGGAAACUGGUUAAGUGAAAGGCGGAGGCGCUGGGAGAGGGGGCGUGGCAGUGAAGUGCGGAGAAACACCGUGGGAAAGCAGGGCCACAGAGAGAUGGCGGUACAGAGAUGGCGUUGCGUGGCGUGCGCGUUGCUGUCAGUAAUUACAACCAGUGCGGUUGUUUCUACGGACAUUCUGGCAGAUGCGCUUGCUUCGCGUUCUGCAACAUAUUUGCAGAACAAUAAUGCGACCAGUGCAAAUGACGCACCUCCGCUCACGAGUGCGUGGGUGCGCGCGUGCUGCGCAUGUUACCCUCCGCGUCCACGUCCACUGCAACAACGCAGCCGGCGUCUUUACCCGGAUACAUUAGGGCUGGGGAGCAGUUUCCACCCUCAGGGUUGGCUUGCAUUUCGGUUUAGGGUUACUCUAUUUACACGAUUACCGCAUUCGGCAAAUUCUUCAAAAUACCAGAGAUGA